CUCUUUUCAGUUGUCAUAAUUUCUCAUUUGGUCUAUUUUCUUGAUUUGGGUCUAUAUCCUUGUGAAUUUCCCUGCCGUAUUUAGUUGAAAAGGUUUCACCUUUUUUUGCUCCUUUAUAAUUAGGAGUGGACUGCUCUUUUUCAAUUUUGGUUUCCCCUUGAGACCUUGUUUCUUUUCAAUUUGAGCUGUAAUUCUUCAAGUUUUGCAUGGUUUGGCAUUGUAUGUGAUCUGGGUUGCUUCUUGUUUUGUGAAUUCACAUGUAAAAAUUGAAUUUUUUAACCAAAGGCAUGUUUUUCACGAAUCUGGGUUUGAUAGAUUAGUCGUGUUGUGUAGUUUUUGAACUGAAUGGUGUUGUCACUUGGCUUUUGAUGGGGUCUGGCUCUAUGACUUUUUUUUUUUCCCUUUUUUUUUUCCCCUUUUUUUUGGGCUUUUAGGAGCUAAUUCUUCUUGUUGGCAUUUCAAGCUUCGAUGCCUUCUUUGAUUGGACAAAUAUAUAAUGUAAGUUUGUUUUGGUUAGUUGCGAGAAGGGAAUGAUUUCGUAAUUGAGUAAGCAUUUUUUUUUAUGCUGAUUUGAUCUUGCUAUCCUUGGUGAUGGAACUGUUCUUAUAAAUCAAGGAAAUAGAGCAUGCUGAUUGUUCAUUCCUUGUGUUUAUAAGCUAGAAUUGAUACAGGAUUUGUUUGUGUAAUCUUUGAACACAAUGAAAUCGAAAUAUGUGCGCGUUUAUGCACACAUGCGUGCAUAUCUCCAAUUCUUGAAUUCAAAAUUUUGCUUCCACAUAGUGAAUUCUAGUGGCCUUUUUCUGCAUAUAACUCUUACUCUGCUAACAUAUGAACUAGUACAAGUCUCAGUUUUUGCCAAACAAUAAGGUUUAUUCCUUCAUAGAAAAUGAUAUUUGUCACAUAUGAAAUCAAAUUGACUUAUUUUUUCUUUGUAAACUAUCAUGAACAAUUAUCUACCGCUAGUAAAAUUUCAUUUUGCUGUAGGCAGAGCUCUUUGUUGUCACAAGGGUUAUAACAUCCUGAGUACUUCUGCAUUUUUUCUUCACAUAUUAUUGUGUUCAACGACGUAAAAGCUUCCCAAUUUUUUGGACGACUAGUAACAGCCUUUGAGCUAGUGCUAAUUGAAUCAUGCAGUUCUAUCACCAUCCAUACUCUCUGGAUAGUCAGAAGGUGAGACUUGCUUUGGAAGAGAAGGGCAUAGACUACACAUCGCACCAUGUCAAUCCUAUAACAGGAAAGAAUAUGGAUUCCUCAUUCUUCACGAAAAAUCCAAGUGGAAAGCUCCCUGUUUUCCAGAAUGGCGCCCACAUCAUUUUUGACACCAUUGAGAUGAUCCAGUACAUUGAAAGAAUUGCAGUUGUCUCAGCAGGUGCUGAUGAGAAUUCCUUUAGUAACAGAGAAGUUGUUGAAUGGAUGCAGAAGAUACAAGAGUGGAACCCCAAGUUUUUCACACUUUCUCACAUCCCAGAGAAAUACCGCCUUGCUGUUUCCAAAUUCAUAAGGCGUGUGGUGAUUGCUCGAAUGGCUGAAUCCCCUGAUCUAGCAAGUGCUUACCACCGUAAACUAAAAGAAGCUUAUGAAACUGAAGACAAGUUGAAAAAUCCAGAAGUUCUGAAACGAAGCAAAGAGCAUCUUAUUAGACUUCUUGAGGAGGUUGAAACCAAGUUGAGUGAAACAUCAUAUUUAGGUGGGGAAGAGUUCUCAAUGGCAGACGCAAUGCUGAUCCCAGUACUGGCUCGCUUAGUACUGUUGAAUUUGGAAGAUGAGUAUAUAAGUAGCAGGCCAAAUAUAGCUGAGUACUGGAUUAUGGUGCAGCAGAGGCCUAGUUAUAAAAAGGUGAUUGGGAAGUAUUUCAAUGGCUGGAGAAGAUACAAAACACUAAUAAAAACCUGGUGUUUUGUUCGUUUCAGAAGUUUGUUGAGGAAAUUCUGAUGAAAAAUACGGACUCUGUAAAUUAGUAAGAUUUUUGUACCGAGUGAAAAAUAUACAAAAGGAAGUGUGAGUAAACAAUUUCUUUCUUGUACCCUCCUUCAUUCUCUUGGGGUUUAAUCAGUUCAAAAGGGAGAAUAAGGGACAUAUUGGAAACAUAGAAAACCAUGAGAACCAUGAAUGCAUAAUGUCCUCUUGUAAUGUUACAGAAACUUUCUGAAAAUACAUAAACUUUUCAGUCUAUAGAA